AAAAAGUCAUAAAUACAAAUCAAACCCCUAUUUCUCUCUCUGUAUAUCCAUCUUUCUAUAUCCUCAUCUCUCGAUUUCUCCGAUUUGUUUUCACAAUCUUACUUUCGUUUAACGUACUACAAUACACCCUUCUUAUCCUAUUUUGAUGUUCAAAUUUUCAUUUAUUAUUGGUUUUGAUUUAAGGGUUUUUGUGAAUAUUUAUGUGUUGUAAUUGGGUUGUUGGGAAUAGUCUGGUUCGGUUUUGCUGAGUCAAGAUCGGCCACAGCUCUUAAUUUUGAUAUACAGGUGUAGAGUUUUUCUUGCUGAAAUUCUCUCUUUGUCACUACAUCUUACAUUCCAAAAUUGGAUGAGACAGAUGGUGGUCAUUAUGGGAUAUAUUUGGAUCAAUGGAGUCUUCCAAAGAGACAGGCUGCCGAGCUCCGGAAGGCCCUAUUCUUUGCAUCAACAAUUGUGGCUUCUUUGGUAGUGCAGCCACUAUGAACAUGUGUUCUAAGUGCCACAAAGACAUGAUCUUGAAGCAGGAACAGGCGAAGCUUGCAGCGUCGUCCAUUGAGAACAUUGUGAAUGGAGGGUCUUGCAGCAGCGGGAAGGAGCCUGUGGUUGCUGGUACUGUGGACAUGCAAGAUGGACCUGUGGAGUUGAAGGUUGCUCCUACACAAGCAUCCUGUGAUUCAUUCACAAGCCAGAGUUCAGAGGUCAAGGCAAAAGAGGGUCCGAAUAGAUGCAACUCUUGCCAGAAGCGUGUGGGUCUGACAGGUUUCAAUUGCAGGUGUGGGAAUCUCUUCUGUGCUGUUCAUCGAUACUCUGAUAAACACGAUUGCCCAUUUGAUUAUCAGACUGCAGGUCGGGAUGCGAUAGCCAAAGCCAAUCCUGUCAUUAGAUCAGAAAAGCUUGAUAAGCUCUAGGAGCCAUUCAGUGGGGGUUUAUUAGGUACUGAAGUAUGAUGCUUUCUCGUCGUGUCUUCGUAUAAGUUGGUCACUUGUCUUAUCAGGUGUCAUUCAGUUGACAUAAAUGGUUUAAGGCACGAGAAUGGAGGGCGACUUUACAAGUCAAAUGAACUCGACAAUCCUCCUCAAUUGGCCAAUAGUACUUUGCUUGCUCCAGUGUGUUAAGUCUUUAUUUGUGCUGGCUUGAUGGACAUUCCUGCGGAAAUUUGUAAUUUGUCGUCCUGCCUAAUUUGCGCUUAUUAUUCCAGUGUUUCGUAUCAUGAUGGUGAUGGUGUGUUCAUAUCGUACCUUUAGCCCCAAGAACUCUUUAUGCUUUCAGUGCAUGUGUACUUUUUACAAGAAGCUAUACAUGUCUUGCACAGUAUUGAAACCAUGUCAAGAUUUAACACAUGUAUUUCCUUGUUGAAUCGAAAUAUAGAAGAAAGAGUAGUUCAAUGUACGAGGCUUUUCUCAUUGCAGAAACCAGGGAGGCUUAAACGUAUGAUGCCUUGGUCAGUUGAAAAUAUUAACUUGA